AUUGUUUGUGUCUUUCUUUGAAUAAAAUCUCAUUUUAAUAUAACACUGUGUUUUGUGUCAGCAUAUUAAGAAUUUUAUAAAACAUCAAUAAUUAAAUUACUGUGAUAUUGAAAUUAUGGCCAAUAAUGAGAAAAAAUUAGGAGUUAUUACAUCAGUAACAAAAUCAGAUAGAUAUUUUGAAAUUCAGUAUGAAACCCAAGAAAAAGCACGAUUAUACAUAUUGAAUAGUCAUGUAUUCAGGUACUACAUGUCUCCGACAGGAGAAUUUCUGGACUACCCAACACCAAACAACCCUACAGACAAGGCGAAAAUUAACAUCAAAUCUGUGGAUGACUAUGAUAAAUCUAUUUUUGAAAAAUCAUUUUUAGAAGACACGGAAUCAUUAUAUAUAGUUCAUACAAAUAAAAUUGAUAUAUCGUUUGAUAAGAUAGGAGGCACGAUGAGUAUUCAUGAUAACAGAACCAAGAAAGAAGUAUUAAUCGAACAAGAACCUGUGUCCUACGCAGAUAAAAAAUCGACUCAGACAUUACGUCAACACAAAGACGAAUUUUAUUUUGGGGGUGGAAUGCAAAAUGGUAGAUUUACACAUAAAGGUCAAACCAUUGAAAUCGACAAUACUAAUGACUGGGUUGAUGGUGGUGUGUCAUCUCCAUGUCCCUUUUAUUGGUCAACAUUUGGCUUUGGUGUCUUGAGAAACACUUGGGAACCGGGACAGUACGAUUUCGGGUCAAAGUCACAGGACACGAUUACAACUAUGCAUCAGACUGGAUAUUUUGAUGCUUUUUUCUUCAUUAAUUCUAAUCCUAAAGAUAUCUUAACUGAAUAUUAUGAGCUAACUGGGAAACCAAUAUUUAUGCCUGAAUAUGCUUUUUAUGAGGCCCAUUUAAAUACAUUCAAUCGAGAUUAUUGGGUAAAAGUUGAUCCAGACACAACCGGUGCAAUCUUGUUUGAAGACGGCUUUUAUUAUAUAAAGUAUCAGCCAAAAGAUCUCAAAGAUAAAAGCAAAGGAAUAUUGGAAUCAUUAAACGGUGAAAAGAAUAAUUAUCAAUUUUCAGCAAGAGCCAUGAUUGACCGAUAUAAAAAGUAUGAUAUGCCCCUAGGGUGGUUUAUACCAAAUGAUGGGUAUGGCUCAGGUUACGGUCAAACAAAUAGUUUAGACGGGGAUAUUGAAAAUUUAAAACAAUUUGUAGAUUAUGCCAAGUUAAACGGUGUUGAAGUUGCACUUUGGACUGAAUCUAAUUUAGAACCUGUUGAUCCUGAAAAUCCAAAAAAAGGAGAUAGAGAUUUAAGUAAAGAAGUAGGAAUUGCUGGUAUAAUAGCAUUGAAAUGUGAUGUAGCUUGGAUUGGAAGUGGUUACUCAUUCGCAUUAAAUGCAGUGGAACAUGCUAACGAAAUAUAUUCAAAUGCAACAAAACAUAAUAAUAGAAAAAUGACAAUAAUGGUAGAUGGAUGGGCUGGUACCCAAAGACAUUCUGGAAUAUGGAGCGGAGAUCAGUAUGGUGGAGAAUGGGAAUACAUACGAUUUCAUAUUCCUACAUACAUUGGUUCGGGUCUUUCCGGACUUCCUGUUGUUGGAUCCGAUAUGGAUGGUAUUUAUGGAGGUGGAGACAAAGAUGUAAAUAUUAGAGAUUACCAAUGGAAGGCAUUUACACCUCUACAGCUCAAUAUGGAUGGUUGGGGUUCAAAACCUAAAUAUCCAUUUAGUUAUGAUGAUGAAGGCAAAUCUAUAAAUAGAGCAUAUUUAAAAUUAAAAUCAAUGCUAAUGCCAUACAACUAUACCAUUGGUUACGAGGCUACACAAGGUUUGCCAAUGAUAAGAGCAAUGUUUAUUGAGUUUCCACAAGAGCUAUUCGGAUACACAAUUGAGUCACAGUAUCAGUACAUGUGGGGACCAAAUAUAUUAGUCGCUCCAAUAUAUAAUGAGGACUGUAUUGAAAAAGAAUCAUUGCGGCACGGUAUUUAUUUGCCAGAUUCAAAUCAAAUCUGGAUUGACCUGUUUACAGGUGAAAAAUUCCAAGGCGGAAAAAUAUUAAAUAAUGUAAAAGUGCCUUUAUGGAAAAUACCUAUAUUCAUUAAGGCCGGAGCUAUAAUACCGAUGACAAAACCUAAUAACAAUCCUAAUGAAAUAGAAAGGAAUGUUAGAAUUUUUAAUAUAUAUCCAAAUAAUAUAUCAAGCUUUGAUGUAUAUGAAGACGACGGAUUUUCAUCCGCGUAUCUGACGGGUCAUUUUGCAUUAACAAAAAUAGUCAGUUAUGGACCUAAUUCCAAUAAAAAUGAAGACCUUCAAGUUAACAUUAAUAAAACCGUAGGCUCUUAUGCUAAAAUGAUAAAACAAAGAUAUACGGUAUUACGAAUUAUGGCUUCGAAAGACAUUAAAAAACUGAAAGCAGCAAUCAAUGGCGCGUCUAUCGAAGUGGUCAAAGUACAAUCAGAAGAAGAAUUUAAUGUAAAGGAAAAUGUUUAUUACUUUAAUACCAGUUUUAUUGUGAAUCCUUACCUAACAGAAUUAGCAGGUAAAGAGAUAUAUCAAAGUUUCCUGAUGAUCAAAAUUCAAAGAAUUGACAUAACAGAAAACGAUAUUCAUUUAAAAAUCCUCGGUUACGAAAAUGAAAGUACAGUAUACGGGAAUUACCAGGUGAUCGACAAUUCUUUAAAACCGCCUACUAUAACUGCGAUAGAAGAUAAAAUAAAAGCAACAGAGAUAACUUUGCAUUGGGCAAACACAGAAGAAUCUGAUACUUAUGAAAUAGAAAAAGACGAUGUUGUAUAUACGAAUAUACUCGGUACCGAUUUCAUUUUCAAUAAUCUUAAGUGUCAAUCAAAAUAUACCUUCAGGAUUCGCUCAAUAAAAGAAGAACGCGUCUCCGAAUGGAGUGAAUAUUAUACCGUACAUACAAAAAAGGAUCCUCUUAAAUAUGCAGUUAGCGGAGUGACCGUGUCCUGUAAUAUACCAUGCGAGCCAGGUCAAGAGGUUCACAAACUCUCAGACGAGGAUUUGAACUCUAUGUGGCAUACAAAUUGGAACAUUACGAGCAAAGCUAUUACCUUAAAUUUUGACUUGGGCAAUGUGUAUGAUAUAAGUAAAAUUGUGUACCUACCUCGAAAAGACGCAGGAAACGGGACGUUUUUAGAAGUUCAAUAUCGAGUUUCCAUGGAUGGUACUGAUUGGAGUCAAAAGGUCACGUCUGAUUUCGAUGAAAAUGCAUUGCCUAAAACCUUUCCACUAUCAGAUUUACCUUCAUUUUGCCAUGAUCGAAACAUUAUUACAUUUAGAUACAUGGAGCUUAUAAUUUUGCAGAGUGUUGGUGAUUUUGGUUCUGGUAGACAGAUGUUAUUUUAUACAGCAUCAGACUAAAUUAUAAAUAUUACGUCCAAUGCUUUAUCCAAAAGUCACACCUUACCGAUUAAUUUUCUGUACUAUUCAUAUUUAAAUAAUAAUGCUGUCAUGGUCAGACUAUAUGAAAUGCUAGAACAACGUGAAACAUCACGUUGUUCUAGUACUAUUUGCACCAUAAUGAAAUAAAUAAAUAA